UUACCUUUUUCUUCCUCUUUUAUCAUUAGAACAUCAGCAACUGUUGUAUUCUCUAACCCUUUUUGGUGCAUUGUAGACGAUUCUGCGACAAUUAUGUCAUUGGCUUCCUUGCUUAGCACCGUGGGGAAGGAGAUGACACGUCCAAAUCUUACGAAUACUUUGUUCAUCUCACUCGUGCUUUUGAAUUGUGGGUGCUGUAGAAUUGUAACCUUGAGCUUUUCAUGGCAUGAUCUAACCACGCACAUAAGACCUUGCAUUGUGCUUCUGUGAUUAAGUGAGGGGAAAAGAAGCAAAAGGUGAAGGUGAGAAGGCAAGUUGAGACAUUCUAAAGUGUGACAUGUUCUAAGGUAUCAAAAGCAAACCUUUUAUAUAUUGAUGCUUUUUGGCUGGUUGCAUAUCAUCAUUCACCAGAUAAUUGAAAACACACAUUUUCAUUUGCUUCACAAGAUUUUAUCUUUGUAAAAUGGAAAGAAGAUCAACAUUCCGCUUUCGCCUUCCUUGGUCUGCUGCAUCUGAACCUGAACCUGCAAGCAAAUCAUCUACUCAGUCUAAUACCAAAACUACUGGUUCUAGUCGUACAACUCGUCAAGGGACGAGAUCACGAACUACUUCACAACCUACCAGCAGCACUAGACCUAAAACUAGCCCUUCCGCAAGUCCUACAACUGAAAACUCAACUCCCAAGCAGCCACCAAGUGCCACCACAACCACGACAUCUGGAAAGCCUUCUUCACCACCAACUGCCAGUACAACCACCCCACAGUCAAGAUCUCGUCAACCUCAGAAUUCACCUGAAACGAAAGCACCGAGCCAGCCCACCACUACGAGCACACGCAGAUUAACUGAAACUCCCGUUAUUUCCCCUCAAUCUUCAGCUGAAAACAAAGCUCCUAUCAAGUCCACCACAAAUAAAAGCCCUUUACCUGAAAGUAGCCAAGUUCCUUCUCAACCUUCAGCUGAAAGUAAAGCCCCUAUCCAGUCCUCUACCACAAACAGUAAACCGACAAAUGCUCCAGCUAGUCCUUCAGGAGUAGCUCCCUCCAUAACUGAGUCUCAACCGUCUCAAGAACAGCAAGGCAUCACUUCUCAACCAUCUUCACCAUCUGAUGUGGCAACUAAGUCCAAUGCGCCUGAGGCUCCAUCUCCAUCUCAAUCCCCGUCUCGUCCAGCUCCCCAAUCACAAGAACUGAGUCCAAAAUCCUCCCCAACACGCAACGGUCCUCAGGUCCUUUCAACUAACCAACUUACCCCAAAGGCAGCUAGCCUUGUGAGCCAGACUUCUUCAAAUCCUUCUGCUGAUAUAACUUCUCAAAUGCAACCAAACGAUCAGACAAUUUCCCAACCAACAUCUCCACCAAAACAAUCACAAGACAGCUCAGAGAUUUCUCCCAAAUCCACCAAACCACUACUAUCAAACUCUGAAAAAGAACCAAUGCCCGCAACAGUUUGGACUCAAUCAGAACAAAUGGAGCUUCUCAAGAGAGAGGCCAUAGCUGACACAUUAACUGAAGCAAAAGACAGGUCACCUGAAAAGGUAAUGCAGCGUUCAGAACUCUCAGAGGUGAGUUCCACUAGAGGUAUUACAGAAGGACCAUCCAAGAUAUCAGAUUUAUCAAGUAUCGUUAAUGAACCUAAGACAGCCAGACCAUUGGAGACAAACAUCCCGGAAACUAAAGAAGUGAAGGAAGUUGUACAAGAGACCACGGGUAAAAACUACGGUCCAGGAGAAAAGAUUGAUGGUUUUCUGACAUCCAAAGAGCAUCCAGGCGCUGUGUUUCAAUCAAAGCAAACCAAUUCUGAUCAUGACCAAAUUCGGGUGAACCGUGUCUCUAAUGGAAAACAAACAAGAACAAUUUCAGCUGAACAAGAUAUACCCCUUAACAAAGAGGUAAAAGAUAACAUCUCAAAGUUUAUUCAUAGGAUGGCAGUUGGAGAUGGAAAGAAAGAUUUGGAAAAGGGGCCGGUGAGCGUGAUCACCCUUGCAGGUGAUAAUAGAGGAGCAUAUAUGCAACUUGGAUCAAACUCAUCCAGAAAAGGAAGGGAAGUUCACAUUCAUAGAGGCUACAAACUGAAUGCAGAUGAAAAUGCCGAUGCAACCACAGAUGCAGAGGGAAAUUCAGAGGGAAGACAGCUAAACGAUACAAGGACGAUGAAAGAUAAAGAACUAGAGGCAUACAUGAACUGCAAUGUGCAGGGCCUAAACAACUCAAUUACAUUUGACAGUACUAUUGAGGGAAAAAAUCCAGGUAUACAUAUGUCAUUCCCUCGUAUGCGAUCAGAACCUACAAAAUCAAGUGAUAGAACUGGACUGUUUGAGGCACACAAGGCCGAGUUUAAUGUUACCCGUGCACAGAAACAUACAUAUGAGCCAACAGUAAGAAGAAGAUGUCUCGAAGGCCUUUUCUUUGAACCAAGUGAUUCUGAUUCAGAUAACCAGGAGAAACCUCGGAGACAUGGUUGCCAAGUUGGCGGUAUAGAGAAGACGGAUAACGAUAUUGACAUUCUUUGAAACUAAUGCAUGUAAUUAAUAAAAGUUUAACAUAUUAUUUUAUACAGAUUCAAUAAUAUCUGCUGAAAGCAAUUGUAAUAGAGAUGCAAAUAUUCAAUAAACCAUGAUAUCCAUGA